CACCUUUGUCUUUUGGCAGCUCUCUCUUUAAUUUCUUCUUCUCUCAAACACCAAUCCUUCAUAUAAUACCUCAUGGCUGAUCCUCAAUGUGACACUCGAAGGAAGGCCAUCGGCAAGCGUGCUUCAGCCAUGCAGGUCGAGACCAAGUCGGUUGCCGUGGCUCCAUGCGGUGCAUGCAAGUUCUUGAGAAGGAAAUGCAUUAGUGGGUGCAUUUUUGCACCACACUUUGGUUCGGACCAGGGUGCAGCUCGGUUUGCAGCUGUGCAUAAGGUCUUUGGUGCUAGUAAUGUGUCUAAGCUGUUGCUUCACAUUCCGGUUAACCGGAGACAUGAAGCUGUUGUUACAAUAUCUUAUGAGGCUCAGGCAAGGUUAUCUGAUCCGGUUUACGGUUGUGUGUCCACCAUACUUGCUCUGCAACAACAGGUUGCAUCUUUGCAAGCAGAGCUUGCAAUGGUCCAAACUCAAUUGAUAAACAGCAGAUUUAUAAUGGCAAAUGUUCUUCAAAACUCACAGCAGCAGCAGCACAUGGCAAUGCUUCAACCAGCCUACUCUAACAAUUCUUCAGCUUCAACUAACCUCAUCCACAUGAGCAGUUUCACCUCCAACUUUGAUCUCGUCACUGACACUGCUCCAUCUUCUCAUAGCUUGGACCCUCUCCAGCUUUCCCGACCAUCCCUCGAUGAGGAAGAUGAAGAACAAGAGAGCCAGAUUCCAGGCAUUUUCGACGGUGAAGGAUUUCAUCGGAGAUGAGGUUUAAGAUCCACAGCAUUUAACUUGUAUUCACAGAUGGUAUCCCUUAUUAUAUACAUGUCAUGCAAUAUGCUGUUAAGAUAUAAAUAUAAACAUAGACCAGACAGACAAUUGAUAUU